AUGCCGAAAGUAAAGAAGGGGGAAGAUGGAGGGUCACCUCCAUCUACCGAUAAUGUCUCCAGCCUCGUUACUCGACCCAUGAAUCUGUCGGAGCGCAAGGCCCUCCUCCGCAAAGUGCAACCACCGUCGACCAUUUCCUCGUUACGGCGACCCGAGAUUCUCAUGGACUUCUUCACCGACAGUCUGAACAUGGGAGAUCUUUCAUUAUCUGUUCCUGCGCUAACAGGCUUGUUCCAUCUCAUCACGACCCGCAACCUCGACUACCCACAUUUCUAUCCGCGCCUCUACUCCCUCCUCGACCAGGACCUGCUACACAGUAAAUACCGCUCAAAAGUAAUGCGCCAUUUGGAUACCUUUCUAGCACCUACCAAUCAUCUACCGGUCGCAACGAUAGCCAGCUUCAUCAAGCGUCUGUCGCGGUUAUGCUUGUUUGCACCUCCUUCAGCGAUCGUCGCCGUGGUGCCCUUCAUCUACAACUUGUUGAAGCAGCACCCUUCGACGACAUUCAUGAUUCACAGAAAUCCGUUCCCACCAUAUACAAAGUCGAAGACAGAUCUGGGGGUCGACCCGUACGACCCAGCAGAAACAGAUCCUCAGACGACAGGAGCAAUAGACAGCUCGCUUUGGGAAUUAGACACGCUACAGAGCCAUUACCAUCCGACCGUGGCCAGUAUAGCGCGGAUCAUCAGUGAGCAAUUUACGAAACAGCACUACAACCUCGAGGAUUUCCUGGAUCAUGGAUAUGGGACCUUGAUGGACGCGGAACUGAAAAAGAAAGAAGGCAAGAAGGAGAGAGAGCCCGUCGUUGAGUACAAAAUUCCCAGACGAAUUUUCGCUCGAGAGGAAGGAGAGCUCGUCGAAGACGGCGACAAAGACUUCGUCAAGGAUUUGUGGAACUUCGACUGA